AUGUCCGGCUCGAAGAAUCGCAAUUCCAGGUCCGCAAGGUCUCCCGAAACUCCUCUGGACCUUUCGAUCGAACCUCGCACACGGAUUUCGGUCGAUGAUCCGAACAAAGAGAUGAAGCAGUCGUUGGGACCAUAUAUGAUGCAGGUAAAACCUGGAUGGAAAAGGUUGAAGUUCGAUGAGAAAGUUCUUACCUCUACACUCGCCCUGCAAGAUUAUCCACAAAAAUUACAGCGUCUUUUGGAACUCAUGAAAGACAGACUUGGGAAGGAAGAGAUGCGGAUGACAGAAACGGAAUUCCUGAACUUCCAUUCAAGGGGCACACUCAAGUUGGCCCACAAUCGAACCCGAAAAGAUCCCGAUACCCUCCCCGCCAAUAGAAAACGUUUAUUGAAAAGUAAACGGACCAAUUCCUUUGUGACAGCCAGCACAUCACUAUAUCAAAACAGGAAGGGUUGGUACCAGCAUUGGUGGGAGCAAGGAACAAAGAGCAACUUGGAAAGUUUGAUUGAAGAUCAAAGUAGUCAUCUAUCAAGACAACGAGGAAUCAUGAUCUUGCAGUUUUUAGCGUAUGUCGAGAUGAUCAGUACGAUUGUCAUUAACCCCCACGUCAGGGAGGCAAACGAUGUGGGUUUUCAACUAGAAAAGGCAAUCAAGAUGGUCGAAGAACUCUUUGACAAGGAAAAGGACAAGCUGGUUAGAUUCAAUCAAGCAUACCGGUUAUAA